GAAGUGUGCGCAGCGGCCAAACGGGAAGCUGAUGGCCCUUACUUUCAUGCGAAGGCACUAGAAAUUCUGCACAGGUUCCAUCUGAUGUGCUGGAGCAGUCCAGAGAUUUCGCCUCGCUGCGAGUUGGAUGCCAUUGCGAGAACCAGGUGCGAGAGGACUAAGGACGGCAGCAUGGAUCAAGUUGUAGAGGGUAGUGCUUCUUUUCGAUCCGGAAUGUCCUGUGCGCAGAAGGAAGACGCAGCAGGCAGUAGUUCUGAGAGUAGAAACAGUUCGGGUGUUGAGAAAACUCAGAGAUACCAUUUGGGAGGUGCACUGCGCUGUGUUCGCGAAGUCUUUCAACUGGCGUUGGAAACGGUGGACCCCGAACUUCACCCUCUACGCGUCGGAUGCGUGCUAUCGGGUGUACUUGAAACUGUCGCUGACGCCUGGAAGCGGGACACCGAGUCGAACUGUGAGAAUGACGACCUUGUUGUUGAGGAUCGUUACUCUGACGAUCAUGAUAGGAACGCCUCACAUCGUCCAAAGCGUCUUCCUGGAGAUAGCCAGGAUGAGCGCACGGCUCGCGCAGUCAGGAUUCUCUGGGAACAAGCGGGUAAAGAUUUGACCCGUGCCGCCUAUGGAUCAGCUUCUCCAAAGUAUCAGAUGCUACGGAAAGUACUCGAAGCGAAUUCAAGCACAGGUCGGAAACGCACUCAAAUAAAUCGCUGUACUGUACCAGCUGACAACGAUCAUGGUGAAUGCUCUACGUUCCCAACUAUCCUACAAAUAAUCGCGCAAAUUGAUUCUACUGUCUCUUCUUUAGAAGAGGCGUAACGUUAGACAGAUUGUUGAAUCGCUGAAUUGAACCUGUGCAUGUGAGUUUUCAAUAAGCUCGGUUCUCAG